AUGGAGUUCACUCCAACAAUGAGCACUACAAAUCACAUUUGGCUCGCCCCGACACCCGUUGACGUGGAAGCACCGAAACGCAACGGUUUGGUGGUCCCACCGAGCCGACGCAUGUAUGUCAAUAUCCUCGUCGCCGUACUGCAGUCAGUGCAAUUCGGCUGGUCUACUUCUCAGAUGAACAAUUCGAUCUUCAACAACGAGGCUGACUGCAACGCAAGACCCGUCGCACCCGGCACGUGCCUCAUGUUUCCCGGUCAUACCAAGUCAGAGUGGACCAUUGCUGUGAGUUCUUGGAUCGUCGGAGGUAUGAUUGGCAGUCUCUUGACCGGACGCGUCUCGAAUAAGUUUGGACGCAAGCCGACAAUGAUGGCCAACUGCAUCUUCAUGAUCGUGGGCGCCCUCGUGCAGGCAACUUCCAGUACCAUAUCAAUUUUCACUAUCGGGCGCUUCUUCGCGGGCAUUGCUGCGGGCGGUUCCACUGCAGUCAUUCCCGGAUUCAUUGGUGAGAUUUGUCCACCGCAUCUUCGAUGCAAGUUGGGUGUGUGCUUUCAGAUAUCGAUCACGGUCGGCCAUCUUCUAGUUGCAGUCGCGUUCUUCUUUGCAAGCACAAGUCUUGGCUGGCGAUUCAUUGCGGCCUUCCCGGUGGUGUUAGCGUUUCUGUUCUUGGUGCUGGCACCUUUCGUUUUGGUCGAAAGUCCGGCGUGGUUGUUGACGGUUGGACAACCAGCGCGAGCGGAAAUUGAAAUGGGGCGUCUCUAUGGGUCGGACAACGUGUUUCUGACAAAGAACUGGAUGACACAGGACGAGGUGGCACCCCGGGUAGGCGUGGGCAGCGAGUAUAUCAUGCCGAUGCAAGACCUGGCGAUGUCGAUGUCAAAGGACGCAAACAAGCAGCGCAGUUUUACAAAACUAUUCUCGCCCGCCAUUAGACGGCAACUUUUGGUAGCUAUCGGUGUGGCCGGAGCGCAGCAGCUCACAGGCAUCAAUGCUGUGUUCUUGUAUUCGUCUGGUAUAUUUAAGCAAGCAGGGCUCGCGGACGGCCGCAUCGGUGUAGUUCUGGUCAAUUUCGUGAACGUCUUGCCGACGUUGUUCUGUGGCUUGCUGUCAGCACGUUUUGGAAACCGCAAACUCAUCCUGUUCGGGUUUGGAGGCAUGUUUUUGAGUGCAGCUGGUAUGACGGCUUCGCUAGUUGGCAGUGCACCCGCGUUUGCGAUCGUGUUUACAGCUCUCUACGUGACCACGUUUGGCUCGAGUCUCGGACCAUUGUCAUGGGGAGUGAUGGCGGACCUUUUUCCCGAUGACGUUCGGGCCAUGGGCUGCUCAAUUUGCGUGGGUUGCAGCUGGCUAUGCAGCCUUUCAGUGGGCGUAGGUUAUCCGUACAUUGCCGCCACCUUUGGAAACUACAGCUUCGUGCCUUUCUUGUGCACUGUGACGAUGGCAUUCCUGUUUGUACAAAGCUACGUUCCAGAGACAUACGGUAAGACCAUCCAGCAGAUUCAGGAUGAGUUCCAAGCGCGUAGGAAUCAAAAAUCACGUAGCAGUCAGAUCGCUGUUCUUGGAUGA